AUGCUGAAGCUCCCCGAGAAUGCAACCGUCUGUAUCGAAUCCUGGACGUAUGGGACGGACGGGAUGAACGAUAUGGCGGAGAGGAUCAUCAUGUGCUACUUCUACAUGCGUCUCUCCGAUCACGGCGACUCCAAUCAUUACGCGUAUCCGCUGGAUAUCUGUGUCGAAAUGUCGGGGGACUUGACUGUCAAGAGGAUCCUGUCUUUGCCAUUGGGCGAGAAUGACCGCUGCGGACUCCUCAGCGAAGUUGGCGUUAAGCCAUUCGAUAGAAACAAGAUUCACGCCACGAGCGAGUAUCAUCCUGACCUCGUCAACGAGCGACGUAAAACGACGAAACCAUAUCACGUAGUCCAGCCCCAGGGUCCGUCGUUCCACACGCAAGGGAAUCUGCUUACAUGGGAGAAAUGGAAGAUGAGGGUUGGUUUUAACUACGUGAGUGCCACGAUGUCUCCUGUUUUGUUUCUCGUACUGAUCGUGCAGCGCGAGGGUCUCACUCUUCACGACAUUACCUAUGAUGGCCGGAGCGUGUUUUAUCGACUUUCUCUGUCUGAGAUUAACGGUGCUGGUAUCAAUGCAAACAACCUUAAACUGGUGUGCUGCCACGAGAUUGACGACGGUAUCCUCUGGAAACACACCAACUACCGUACCGGCAACGCUGUCGUCACACGCUCUCGUAUUCUCGUCCUUCAGACAAUCAUCACGGUAGGCAAUUACGAGUACAUAUUCGCGUUCCAGUUCACGCAAGAUGCAUCUAUCAACUACGAAGUCCGAGCGACAGGCAUCCUGUCGACCGCUCCCAUCAACCUCGGAGACAGCGUAUCUUACGGGACCAUAGUGGGACCUGGCGUCAUGGCGCCUUACCAUCAACACCUAUUCUCUUUAAGAAUCGAUCCGGCCAUUGACGGACACCGGAAUUCCCUGAUUGUGGAAGAGUCUCACCCCAUGCCGAUCGACGACCCCAACGUGCACAACCCGUUCGGAGUCGACCGUCUCCCAGGCCGUGUGUUGAAGAUCGUCAACGAGAAUGUGCGAAACCCGAUCACGGGCGGACCGGUGGGCUACAAACUCGUACCGCAUUACUCGCAGCUGGUGCUCGCGCACCCGUCGUCGUACCAUUUCAAGCGAUCCGAAUUCGGUGAGCACGCUAUCUGGAUCACCAGAUAUCACGACGAUGAGCUCUACAGCUCCGGAAAGCACACGAUGCAGUCCCUCGGCGGAGAGGGGAUCGCGUCGUGGAUCCGAUCCCGGCCGGCGCCCGUCAGCGUCCGCAACGAGGACAUUGUCAUCUGGCACACGUUCGGGACGACGCACAACCCGCGCAUCGAAGACUGGCCCGUCAUGCCGGUCGAGAAGAUGCUCGUCUCGUUGAAGCCGAUCAAUUUCUUUACCAGAAAUCCGGCCAUCGAUGUGCCCAUCAGCACGCAGGAAGAAAACAAGAGCGUCCUAGUGGAAGAUGAUAAAGGAGCAGCCAACGUCGGAGGAGCUUCCUGCGCGAAAUUAUGA